GAGGCACCUCAGUGCAGGCGUCCGGCUGCGCUCAGGGUGGGAGGCGCGCGGGCUGCGCUGCUCCGGUCGGUCGCGGCGCUCUCCCGCCGCGGCGAGUGCGCGCGGCCCGGAGCGGGAGAGGAGCUUCCGGGAGCGGCGGCGGCGGCGGCAGCCAAUCAGGGGGCGCGGCAGCCAAUCAAUCAAUCAAUCGAUCGAUCGAUCGAUCGAUCAGAGGGUGCGGGGUCCCGGAGCGGAUCGGGCCGGACCGAGUCCCGGGAUGAGGCCGAGGGGGUUAUGGCUGCUGCUGCUGCUGCUGGGGCUGGUCCAGGUCGCCCUCCUGGCGCGGGGCGCGGCGGCGGCGGAGGAGGAGGCGGCGGCGGAGGCCGGAGAAUCUGUUACAAAAGAAGCUGAUGAUGACAGUGAUGAUGAUGAUGAUGAUGAUGAUGAUGAUGAUUCUGAAGUUAAAGAAGAAAAUGGCGUAUUAAUCUUGAAUGACGCAAAUUUUGACACCUUUACUGCAGACAAGGACACUGUGCUGCUGGAGUUCUAUGCACCAUGGUGUGGGCAUUGCAAACAGUUUGCUCCUGAAUAUGAAAAGAUAGCCAAAACUCUGAAGGAAAAUGACCCUCCUAUUCCAGUUGCCAAAGUAGAUGCUACUGCAGCCACUUCACUAGCAAGUCGUUUUGAUGUCAGUGGCUACCCAACGAUCAAAAUCCUGAAAAAAGGCCAACCUGUUGACUAUGAUGGUUCUCGGACAGAAGAUGAAAUUGUGGCCAAAGUCAAGGAGGUUUCUGACCCCAGUUGGACCCCUCCACCAGAAGCAACCCUAGUAUUGACCCAGGAUAAUUUUUAUGAUGUCGUGAAUGGUGCUGACAUAAUUCUGGUGGAGUUCUAUGCUCCAUGGUGUGGACACUGCAAAAGGCUUGCUCCAGAAUACGAGAAGGCUGCCCAGGAGCUCAGCAAGCACACACCUCCUAUUCUUCUGGCUAAAGUCGAUGCCACAGCUGAAACUGAGCUUGCAAAGAAGUUUGAUGUUACUGGCUACCCAACUCUGAAAAUCUUCCGUAAAGGCAAACCUUACAACUACAGUGGUCCACGGGAAAAAUACGGUAUUGUUGACUACAUGAUUGAACAGGCUGGUCCUCCAUCCAAACAGAUUCAGAGUACCAAGCAGGUACAGGAAUUUCUGAAGGAUGGGGAUGAUGCCAUCAUCAUUGGUGUCUUUAGUGGAGAGAAUGACAAAGCCUAUCAGCUCUAUCAGGAAGCAGCUAACGGUUUAAGAGAAGAUUACAAGUUCCACCACACCUUCAGUAACAACAUAGCAAAUCUACUGAAAGUAUCUCCAGGAAAACUGGUUGUCAUGCAGCCAGAAAAAUUUCAGUCAAAGCAUGAGGCCAAGAUGCAUGUUUUGGAUCUUAAACAUGACUCUACAGAUGGAUCAGAGAUUAAAGAGCACGUGCUAAAAUACACUUUGCCUCUAGUUGGUCAUCGCAAGCCUUCCAAUGAUGCUAAAAGAUAUGCUAAGCGUCCUCUAGUGGUUGUCUAUUAUUCUGUAGACUUUAGUUUCGACUAUCGUGUUGCUACACAGUACUGGAGAGGCAAAGUCCUGGAAGUGGCCAAAGACUUCCCUGAAUAUGUAUUUGCUGUUUCUGAUGAAGACGACUAUUCUUCUGAAAUAAAAGAUUUGGGCCUGCUUGAGAGUGGAGAGGAUGUCAAUGUUGCCAUUCUGGAUGAAGGUGGCAAGUAUGCCAUGGAGCCAGAAGAGUUUGACUCUGAUGUACUCAGGCAAUUUGUGCUGGCAUUCAAAAAAGGAAAACUGAAGCCUAUUGUGAAGUCCCAGCCAGUGCCAAAAAAUAACAAAGGGCCUGUGAAAGUGGUAGUGGGUAAAACUUUUGAUACCAUAGUAAUGGAUCCAAAGAAUGAUGUUCUCAUAGAGUUCUAUGCCCCAUGGUGUGGACACUGCAAGAAACUAGAACCGGUGUAUACUGAGCUAGCCAAAAAAUACAAGAAUGAGAAAAAUCUAGUCAUAGCCAAGAUGGAUGCUACUGCCAACGAUGUGACAAAUGACCACUACAAAGUGGAGGGAUUCCCCACUAUCUACUUUGCUCUAAGGGAUAAGAAGAACAACCCUAUUAAAUUUGAAGGUGGGGACAGAGAUUUAGACCAUUUGAGCAAAUUUAUAGAGGAGCAUGCAACAAAACUCUCCAGAACUAAAGAAGAGCUUUAGAUAGGAUGAGGGUGGUGAAGAAAAAUUGUUUGUACUUCCUAGUUAAAAGCAAGUUACUGAUAAAACUUCCGCAAGAGAAGAAUUAAGCAGAUUGAGCAAGGAAAUUCUUGAGCAGUAAAGCAAUUGUAGUAUCUUUUUUUAUAUGGCAGAAAAGUUUUUUCUGGACACUGAACUUCUCUGAUAUGAAUGUCUUAUGUUAGCUAUGGUUUUGAUCUUUGAAGAAAAAUACAUCCUCUAUUUUUUGUGACUA